AAGUACUGCUUAGUGAUGUCUCUGUCCGCCCUACCGGAAUGGAAACUUCUUCUACUGGAGCGAAAGAGAAGAGAGGAAGAGAAGAAAGAGAGAAGAGAGAGAGAGGAGGAGGAGAGGUUGGCAAGCAUGCCUGCCUGGAAGCGAGGGCUCAUCCAGAGAAGGAGGGCGAAGCAGGAUGAAGAGAGAGAGAGGGAGAGAGACAGAGAGGGAGGACAACUUACAUCAGAUGUCCUGGGAAUCACAGAGGACAUUGUGACCGAGCAGCUGGACAAUAAGCUUACAUUCCAUCUCCAGACUGACCCUGGGUCCAUAGUGCAAAAUCAGGUAUCAAAAGAAACCAUCAGCCCCAUCCGACAUAACCCCUUCAUCCGCUCUGAGAACAGCUGGAGGAGGGACAACAGGAAAGAAGUAAUCACAGAUGAAGAAAAUUAUAAUAAAAAGGCAACUAAUAACAUGGGGAGAGAAAGAAAUAGGGAAACAGAGAAAGAAGGAGGUAGAUGUCAGGAGAGGGAGUUUUGGAGAGGAAGAGAAAAAGAGAUGUGGGUGGAGAAGACAGGAAAUAAAAGUGAAGGAAGAGUAAGUACUGGGAGAGAACAGGUAAAAGAAAGCAAAGAGGUAGAUGGUAGCAUGUCUCUCUUUCCACCAGUCACAGGUCUUUGCACUAUCAAUGCAGACAACAUUAUUAUCAUUGAGAAAGACAAAAAUGAUGGGGAAAGACUGGAGAAGCAGGAGAACACUAGAGAGAAGGAAGUGCAAGAGGAAGAGAAGAGGUUGAGGAUGGAUUUGAGGGAGUUUCUGGCUGGUGGAGGAAGCGUGACCGAGAUUAGGGCAUCAGAAGUUCUGAUUAUUAAACCACCCAUUACAGAUGGGAAAAAAGGAGAAGACGUUACUGUGAUGCAAGAGAGAGGGAGCAGCGAAAAACUCAUAGUAGGGAGUGAGAGAAAUAGAGGGAGACAGAGCAUAUGGACAAAAGAGAUAAAUCAAGUUCCAGCUUGUGAGACCUUGACAUCAAGGACAGUCAUUCAAAGAGCUGAGAGAAUCCCGAACAAUAAGAAUAGAGAAGCUGCAGAGUGUAGUGGUCGAGUCACUCAGCUCCUUAGUAAGUUCGGGGAACACCCCAAACCCCCAAUGCGGUCCAAGAGCACGGACUGCUUUAACCGGCCAGGCAAGAACCGGGCCAGAUACAGCACAGGAGACCUGUUUGUGCAAGAGAAGCAGAGUAAAGAGGAAGAGGAGACAAGGCCGACAUUCAGAGGAGUUCCCAAACGUUCCUUCAGCUUCUCUGACUGUGUAGUGUGCCACCAGGAGAAUGGAGAAUGUGAGGAGGAGCAGGAGUUUAAGGUGGUGGAGAGGACGUACUCUGACCGCAGGUUCAAACCACAUGUGAUGGUAACGAGCACCGAACAAGCAGAGAGUGAACCAAGAGUCACAAUACGAUGGGGGCGGCCCAAAAAUGAAGAACAGGAGGUGUUGCAUGUAAAAACACACAGAGAGAGAAGGGUGAAAAAAAAAAGGAAUGACUCUGUUUGUGGAAAUAUGGAGGAACAGAUGUCAAGUGCAGACAGACAAGAGGGCUUCACUGUGGCCUCCAUCGAAAACCCAGAGGGCAUCAUGUUUGCUUGUCAAAUUCCUUUCAAAGAGGACAGGGAAAGAAGCUUAGAAAGAGAGAGCAAGAGAGUGAGAGAGGGAAAUGAGAGUGAAAUACAGAGAGACAAAAGGAAAGAGAAUGAGGUAGAGGGAGUGGAAUGGCAGACAUGCAAACUGACAGAAUUACAAACUGAGGCAAAAGCAAAAUCCAAGAGGAAGUGGAAUCAGGAGCAGGUAACUGUGGCCUCAGAACAAUUCCAUGGUGCAUUUAUUCCACUUGCAGAUGACAGCACAAAUUACAACACAACCAUAGAUUACUCUACAGACACCCAAUACCAAGAAGUCACCACUUUCUCUGUGGACUCCAGUAUGCUGUCUUCAGGUUAUUGUGGACAAAAACAACUCUCAGCCCAAGCCGUUCUCUCCUUGCACACAGAUGAUCUGCUGCGUAAAAUAGGACACAUCCAGAUGGACAGAGAUCUCAAGAGGUCAAGGCAGAAUUUGUCACCUGGAGACACAGAUAUAAUCUCUAGUGAAAUAAAUGAAAAUCUGAACACUUGUCGCACUCAAAAAGAGCAUCAGCUGUAUCAGAAUGUAUCAAAACAAGCCCCUGAGGAAAGUAAUUUUACCUCCCAGGCCACUCAACAGAUUCAGAGCAAAUCCUGCACCCAGGAGGAAGUCACUAUCCCUAGGACAGUGUUUUAUGGAGUAGAUGUAUCAUCAGAAAGGAGGUUGAGUCACCCUGCUGAAGAUGGACAGAUUGCAGGUGGAGGAGGAGUGGAGAGGAGAGGGAGCUGGAAGGCUGGGCGACCUCUGACCCGAGUGGAGUCUCUGAAAGAGAGAAUCCGCCAGCAAGAGGAGGAGAGGCAAAGAAGUAGAGAGGCAGAGGAAAGAGAGAGGAAAAAGGCUGAAGUGAUGGACUGCAGAGAAGAGGACAGGACAGAAGUAGAAGGAACUGUGAGAGAAGUGACACAGAAUCGACAGAAAGAAAACACAUUACAGACUCUCAGAUUGUUUGACGUCACACAGGAAGUUAGCGUGGCAAAGUCAAGCCCUCAACUUCCUGUUCCUGUUUCUCUGUUGCAAUCAGCCUCGAAAGAAAGAGAAGUCAGGGAGAUCUCCAGAGACGUAUCUGAGCGUGACAUUUACCCCAUAGAAACAGGGAGAGAGACAGCACACCAUGUAGAGUGUGGAACAUUUGGCAUUUGGAGAAGACAGAAAAUUGACAGAGAAGACGAAAGAGAGAGAGAGGAAGAGUUGUUAGAAAAAGACUAUCUUCCUCCCUCUCUCUCUCCCUCCCCACCUCUUUCAGACUUACUAGACACCAUGAGUCGGAUCUAUAACCUCAAGACAGUGGGCUCUAGGAAUGCAGUGUGUAUCAGCGAACGGACCACUGAUAUUCCAACACACAGUGGUAAGAUACAGGGGCAAUACAACCCCAUUGGACACACACCAUCUCUGGACAUUCUGCCAGAAACUGCCAAACUGUGGAAUCAUGAGAUGGUCAAAGAUGGUGACACAACUGAGACAGUGGAUUUGACAGAUGUUCAAAUGGUACAGUGUCAUGUGGAACGGCUACAGCUUAAGGAAAAGGAAGCAGAAUAUGUUUCCCGCAACAUCGGAAAGGCACAAUCGAGCGUUCAGAGCAGUCUGGCCACAGAACAGGAGAUUAGAAGGCCCGAAGGUCAGAAGAGACCAGAUAUUCUCAGAGAGACACAAAAAUCACAAACCCCUACAAGCCCCAGAUUUCCACAAGCCCAACAGAAAAUCCAGAAGUCUCAUUCCAAACCUCAGCAGCUCAGGUCAUUCACAGUCAAUGCCCAGAACACACAAUCAAAAGAAAAUUCUCUAAAGCCCUCAGGACAAGGCAACGGUCCUCUAUCAUCUUCCAUCUCCUGCACCCCAUCUCCAUCCCCCUCUCCACCUCUCUUUUCCAUCAGGAGUGCCUCAGGUGGUCCAGGAAAGAGAGGAACUACCAUCACAAUUACCCCCAGGAGACCUGGAGGAGCAUCCCCUUCUGGAGGGACCCCCUCUCCCUCCAGAGCAGAGCCCCAGGGCCAAGCACACAAACCAACCUCCAGUGGCACCAAAGAAGCAGGGAAAAAGAGGUAUCCCACAGCAGAAGAGAUUGAGGUGAUUGGAGGGUACCAGAACCUCGAGCGGUCGUGUUUGGUAAAGAGCAGAGGGACACCGAAAGCUGUGAAGGUGUGUUUCGAUGACACUCAGCUGGAGAAAGUUUGUGAGUACCCUUCAGAGGACUGUGUGCUUGCAUCCCUCCCCUGCUCUCCUCAUCCAGGUCCAGAAGACAGGAGGGAAGAGGCCGAGGGACAGGAGGAAGAUGAUGAUGAGGAGAGCGGAGCGUUUGUGUCCCAGAGUGGCAUGAGUGUGUGCACAGGAAGGGUUAGAUUUCUUAAAGUGGAUGAAUCCUGCAAACGUUAGCUGUCUGUCUGCAUGAUGAACAAUGGUAACUUUUAGUUUUUAAAUUAGUUUUUAUUUAGUUCUGCUUUUCAUGACAGGGGAUAGAGAGACUUGACAAGAAAUGCUCUUGAAAGCAUCUUUAAUUUGUUCACACAUUUACAGAACAGAAAAA